AUGACUGCUCGCGAUCAAAUUCGAGCUAUGCUGGAUCAAUUGAUGGGAACCGACAAUAGUUCAACUAAAUCAAGUAUGUCGUUUGAAGACCGUCGAGUUUGUCGACCAUUUCUAUUGAAUUGUUGUCCUCAUGAAAUUCUUUCUGGAACUCGUGUUGAUUUGGGUGAAUGUACAAAGAUUCAUGAAUAUGCUCUACGUGCUGAUUAUGAACGUGCAGCAACUACACGUAAUCUGUAUUAUGAAAUGGAUGCAUUAGACAUGUUAAGUAAAUUCGUUGCUGAAUGUGAUCGUAAAACGGAACAUGCUAAACGAAAACUUCAAGAAACACAAGAAGAAUUAGGAGAAGAAGCUGCAAGAAAAAUGAAUACUAUUCAUGAACUUGGUGAACAGAUUGGCACAAAACUAGCUAAAGCUGAAGAAUUAGGUGCACAAGGUUUAGUUGAUGAAUCCAUGAAAUUAUUAGAGGAAGUCGAAGCAUUAAGAAAAGCAAAAUUAGAAGCUGAACAAGAAUUUCGUUCAACGAUGCCAGCAUCGACAUAUCAACAACAAAAACUGCGCGUAUGUGAAGUAUGUUCAGCUUAUUUAGGUAUACAUGAUAAUGAUCGUCGUUUGGCUGAUCAUUUUGGUGGAAAAUUACAUUUGGGUUUUAUACAAAUACGUGAAAAAUUAGACGAUUUAAAAAAACGUGUCAAUGAAUUAAAUGAAAAACGUGAACUUGAAAGAAAAAGUCGUCGAACUUCACCACCACCAGCAUCUUCAUCGCGAAACGAUCGUAGAGGUGAUGAUAAAGAUAAGAAAGAUCAUCGUCCAGCACAUCGUAGUCGAAGUCGAUCAAAAAAAGCAUCUAGUCGAGAUAGAGAUCGACGAGAAUCACGAUCCAGAUCUGACCGUCAUUCAUCUAAGUAUUCACGUAGUCAUCGUUCAUCGCGGUCACCUUCACAUAGUCGACGACAUAGCAAACGAUCUCGUUCACGUUCUGGUUCAUCACGACGUCAUCGCCGUUCAAGGUCUCGUUCUAAUACAUCAUCAUCGAAACGUCAUCAUCGUCAUCGUCAUCAUUCAAAAUCACCGGUACAUUCUUCGUCACAUUCUAAACAUAAUGGUAACGGUGAUUCUCAACAUAAAGAUAAACCCGAUGAUAAUGCAUCAACUAAUCAUGUUGAGGAUGAUGAAGAAACAACACGUAUUCUUGAAUAUAUUCAACGAACUAUGAAAGAAGACAAAAACAUUAAAGAAUAA